AUGGGUUUCAUCGGUGUUUAUACCGCUAUUUACGAGUAUCAGCCACGGGCGCAGGGUGAAUUAGAGCUUCGUGAAGGCGAUUUACUUUAUAUUCUCGAGAAGAACGAUGAGGACGAUUGGUGGAAGGCCAAAAAGAAGGCGGACCGGGAGGACGAGGAGGAGCCCGAGGGCCUAGUGCCGAACAACUACGUUAAAGAGGCUACGCCAACUCACACGGCGAGAGCGCUUUACGACUAUACACGCCAAACAGAUGAGGAGGUGUCUUUCUCAGACAAUGCGGCCUUGGUGGUGUACGACACGUCGGACCCGGACUGGACUCUUGUCGGGGUCAAUUCCGAUUUUGGAUUCGCUCCGUCAAAUUAUAUUGAGUUUGUAGAUGAAUAUGCAGGCCAUGCAGCUGCCGCUUCGGUCCCGACGUCACCGGAACCUGCCUCUCCACCUGUCGCCUCUCCAAUUCCCGCGGCAUCACCUCCCAGCCUCCCCCAGCGACCGGCUCCGGCGCCAGUUGAAGAAGACGCUGGCGCGUCCGCUCCUAGCUCUCCUGCAGGAGCUGUCCACAAUCCUGCAGCGGCCGCGAUAGCCAAUAUCCUUCACCAGCAGCACAGUGACAGCGGCCGGGCAAUCCCUCCUCCGCCGAAGCCCGAACCGCAAGAGACCUACCGUGAGCCUUCGCCCCCGCCGCCCACUUUACCUCAAAGGCCUCUGUGGGAACAAACAACUUCUCCACCUCCCCUGGAGUCGCCAAGGUCUGAGCCAUCGCCCCCUACUCAUCCUCGUCAUGCGCAAAUACGCGAUAACGCCGGCCCACAGGCGUCGCCGCCCUACAAUCGUGUGGGACGGACGGCGCCACGGUCGCCCUCGGGCUAUCAUAUGUAUAAUAUCAACGAAAUGGUAGAAGUUAUGGGCAAAAGGAAGAAGAUGCCCACCACGCUAGGGAUCAAUAUCGCUACAGGGACCAUCUUUAUCUCGCCCGAGGACGAUGGUGACAUACAGGAGUGGACUGCUGAGAAGUUGACCCAUUACUCCAUCGAAGGAAAGCACGUGUUUAUCGACCUGGUUCGCCCCAGCAAGAGCGUUGAUUUUCACGCUGGAGCCAAGGAUACGGCCCGCGAGAUUGUCUCGGCGUUGGGUGAGAUUUCUGGCGCCUAUCGCGCGGAGGGUUUGCGGGAAGUGAUUGCGGCGGGGACCGGCGGCGGUGGCUCGCAAAAGAAGGGUACUAUACUGUACGACUUUAUGGCGCAAGGUGACGAUGAGGUCACAGUUGGCGUGGGCGAUGAGGUUGCUGUUUUGGAUGACACCAAGUCCGAGGAAUGGUGGAUGGUUCGACGUUUGAAGAACGGCAAGGAAGGUGUAGUCCCAAGCAGCUACGUGGAGAUUACCGGAUUCAUCAGCAGCCCGUCAGCCGCGACUCCAAUCGAGUCCGGGUUGUCGGCCGUCGAGAGAAAUCGACUAGAAGAAGCCCGCCUAGCCAAGGAGGCUACCCAGAAAUCAAUUGCCGAACAGGAUGCACCACGAAGCCCACGGCACCACCACAAGAAGGACAGCAAGAGCAGCCAGAAAUCCAAACCGGAUCCAGCCAAGGUGAGGACGUGGGUCGACCGGUCAAAGGCAUUUACGGUAGAGGCUCAAUUCAUUGGCCUUCAAGAUGGCAAAAUUCACCUGCACAAGACGAAUGGCAUCAAGAUCGCCGUUCCCAUCCCAAAGAUGUCGUUUGAAGACUUGGAGUACGUCGAGAAAGUGACUGGGAUCUCUCUUGAUGAGGACAAGCCCUUGUCCGACAUCCGCCGUCAGUCCCUUCUCAAGGCUGGAAAGGCCGAAAAGGCUCAGGCGUCGACCGACGGAAAGAAGGCAGGCGCUACAUUCCAACAGUCUGACUAUGACUGGUUCGAGUUUUUCCUCAAGGCUGGAGUUGGUCCUCACCAGUGCGAGCGAUACGCGCAGAAUUUUGCCAAAGACUCGAUGGAUGAAGGUAUCUUGCCAGAGAUCUCGGCCGAGACUUUGCGUACGCUGGGUCUCAAAGAGGGCGACAUUCUGCGUGUGAUGCGCUACCUGGACAACAUGUUCCAGCGACCCGGUGGCAAGUCAUCAAAGGCGCGCAACGUUAGCUUUGGCGGAGAAGAGGUCAUCAGCAACGGCGAGGAUGGUUCAUCUGGUGGUCUCUUUGCUGGGCCCGGUGGAAGCCUGCUCAACAAUACCCGAAAGUCUCGGCCUGCACCAGCUGUCCAGACAAGUGAUGUGGUUGAUCCGAAGGUGUUUGAGCAGGAUAAACCAAAGUCCGCGGAAACCAGCAGCACCCCCCCACCAGCUGCUGCUUCCGCUCCCGCCACCGAGAAGCCUGUACAGAAAGGAUUCGAUGACGAUGCGUGGGAGGUCAAGGCACCCAAACAAGCGGCGGCCCCAGCUCCCACUGCAAGUUCACCUCCUCCUGCGGCAGCUCCCGCCGCAGCACCGGCCGCCAGCCAACCCGCUCCACCAGCUCAGCCAACUCUCAGCGGUGCGAUGGCGGAUCUGUCCCUCCUCCAGGCGCCUCUUCAGCCGACUCCCGCACAGCCUGCUCCAGCCCCCGCUCAAUCACCUCCCGUGGCGCAGCCCAUCCAAGUCCAGCCAACUGCAAUCCCCGCGCCCCAGCCGCAGCAGCCACAACAAACUGGAGCUACACCGGGCUUCUUUACACAGAUUGCACAGCAACAGCCUCUGCAGACCGGCCAAGGGUUCAGUCCCCAAGCUACUGGUUUCCAGCAGCCAAGGCAGCGCCCACAGGCUCCACAGAUCAUGAACCAAGGCUCUCUUAUUCCUCCUCCGCCUCAACGGCCCCUCUCGGCGCCUCAGAAUAUGCCACUGCAGCCACAUUUCGGUCUCCCUCAGCUACAGCCGCAACUGACGGGUCUACCCCAGCAAGGUCCUCAGCUUGCUCCUCCUGGACAGAGUUUAGCCGAAAUGAACCAGCAAAGGUUCCAGCCUUCCUAUCAACAGCCACAGCCUACAGGAUUCAUGGCGCCAAAUCAGUUCCAAAACGGAUUGAUGCCGCAGCCGACUGGCUUUCAGCCCCAAUCGCAAUUCGGUAUUCAGCAGCAACAGCAACAGCAGACCGGGUUCCAAGGUUUGAUGCCUCAGCAUACAAGCUUUGGAGGCUUCCCAGCUCCACAACAGCAGCCUAUGGCGACUGGCAUCAACUCUGUUCUUCCUCCGGCAUUACAGCCCCAGCCUACCGGUCUGAAUGGUUCUGGCUCUAUGCCCUAUACCCCGUCCCCUCCCCCUAUCCCACCAAUUCCCCAACAGCACACAAUCACGCCUUUGCAGCCUCAGAAGACUGGCCCAGCUCCUCCCAUCCGAUUUGGUGUGAAGCCUGAGGCGCCCAAGAAGCUCGCUCCUCAGCCAACAGGAAUGAAGGCCAACCUUGCGCAAGCCACACCUACAAAUCCAUUCGGUUUCUAA